UACUUUGUGUUUUGUAGCAAGCAGACAUCAAAAUCAAAAUCAUAAUCAAAAAUCAACCAAAGUCACCACCAAGAAACAACACAAGUAGAAGAAAAAAGAAGCACAAGUAGAAGGAAAACCCCUUUCUCUCCUCUUCUCCUUUUCUUUCUUUUCCUUUCCACCCAAUCAAUCGUUUACUUCACAGACCUCUCUUUCCUCGAUUCUAGGGUAACCUUUUUCUUCAACAAGCUUGAAAGAGAAAGAGAGAGAGCGCGAGAGAGAGAGAGAUAUUUUUUUUUUUACUUUUUUAACUUUUUUUUCUUUGUGAAUUGGGCGAGUCGACUCAGUGGAACAUGUACUUCUCGGGUGAUCCGUCGACUCGGAAGCGAGUCGAUUUGGGAGGUCGGAGUUCGAAGGAGAGAGAUAGACAGAAGCUUCUGGAACAGACCAGAUUGGAGCGGAACCGCCGAUUGUGGUUGCGCCAGCAAAACUCCGCUGCCCUCAAAAUUCAGAAAUGCUUCAGAGGGAGAAGGGCAGUAAAAGCUGAACAUUUUAAGGUGCGAGAGCAGUUCUAUGGAACUUAUGGGAAGUGCUGCCAAAAUGUAGACAGGCAUUGUUUUAGCCCGGAUUCAGAGUUCCUUCGCCAGUUACUUUUUUUCUUUAAUGCACGAAAAGAUGAUGAUUUUGCAAUUCUUGUGGAGACAUGCCGAUUACUUGUGCAAUUCAUUCAAGAUAGUGGGGACACCGUGAGCCUCUUUGCAGGCAGGGAUUAUUCAUCUAAUCAUGCUUUGGUGGACUACAGAGUGAAGCAGCUUGCAUAUGCUUGUGUUGAGGCCGUGCAUCAGAAUAGGAAUCGAUUGAAGGAGCAACUAUUAAUGAAACCCGAGGAAUCUAGCAUCUCAAUGACUCUCUUGCUGGAAGCGGUAGUUUCAUUGAUAGAUCCAAAACUUCCAUGGGUUUGUAACAUAGUUGGCUAUCUUUUGCAAAGAAAGACAUUCAGUCUGUUUAGGGAGAUUGCUCUUGCAUGGAAGGAAAGUACAAAGAUUGCUGCUUCCAAUGGGAAAGUGUCGUCGUUGGAGCAUGUGCUUGCCCUUGUAAUUCCUCACAUUGGUCGGAAGCCAUGCACUUGUCCAAAUAUUGAUCCACAAUGGAGUUUUUCAUCCCAGAUUCUUACAAUUCCUUUCUUAUGGAAGUUUUUCCCAUACUUAAAAAAGGUUUUUGCAACAAGGGGCCUAAGCCAACAUUACCUUCAUCAGAUGGCAUUUUGUGUGCAAAAGUGUGCUAAUGUACUUCCUAAUGAUAUAUCCGCUGAAUUUCCUGGUUAUGCCUGUCUUCUUGGAAAUAUUUUAGAAACUGCUGGAGUUGCUUUAUCCCAGCCUAACUGCUCAUUUGAAAUGGCUGUUGACCUUGCUGCUGUUACAACGUUUUUGUUAGAGGAACUUCCUUCCAUGAAAUCAUCUAGUAGAGAGAGUCCCAUGCUGGUUGACGAUGAUAUGAUUAUAGAUGAUGAAGUAACAGAAGUAAUUUUGAAUAGGGAUUUGGAACAACAGAUAUGCAAUGCUAUGGAUCCCCGCUUUCUUCUACAACUGACAAAUUUGUUAUUUGGAGGAAUUUCACUUGCCGGUAAUUCACACGAUGGACCAGAUGAUAAAGAGGUGGCAGCUGUUGGUGCAGCUUGUGCUUUUCUACAUGUCACUUUCAACACUUUACCUCUUGAACGAAUCAUGACUGUACUAGCUUACAGAACUGAACUCGUUUCCGUGCUUUGGAAUUUUAUGAAGCGCUGCCAUGAGAAUCAGAAAUGGUCAUCUUUGUCACAGCAGUUAUCAUAUCUAUCAGGAGAUGCUCCUGGUUGGCUGCUACCCCUGGCUGUGUUCUGUCCAGUGUACAAGCACAUGCUUACAAUAGUUGAUAAUGAGGAGUUCUAUGAGCAGGAGAAGCCACUGUCGUUGAAGGAUAUUAGAUGUCUUAUCAUUAUUCUAAGACAGGCCCUAUGGCAGCUUUUAUGGGUAAAUCCUACAACCCCAUCAAAUUCCAUGAAAUUUGCCACGAAGACCUCUUCCAAUAAGAGGCAUACUGAGGAAUUCAUUCAAGAAAGGGUUGGCAUUGUGGCAUCUGAGCUCCUCUCACAGUUGCAAGAUUGGAACAACAGACGGCAGUUUACAUCCCCCAGUGACUUCCAUGCUGAUGGUGUUAAUGAAUUCUUUAUUUCUCAGGCUGUAAUGGAAAAUACACGAGCAAAUGACAUAUUGAAGCAAGCUCCUUUCUUGGUACCAUUUACGAGCAGGGUUAAAAUAUUCAAUUCACAGUUAACAACAGUCCGGCAAAGACAUGGGUCUAAUUCUGUUUUUAGUAGAAAUCGAUUCAGAAUACGAAGGGAUCAUAUUCUGGAAGAUGCCUAUAAUCAGAUGAGUGCAUUGUCUGAAGAAGAUCUUCGAGGAGUGAUUCGUGUAACAUUUGUCAAUGAAUUUGGAGUUGAGGAAGCUGGCAUCGAUGGUGGUGGAAUUUUCAAGGAUUUCAUGGAGAAUAUCACUCGAGCAGCUUUUGAUGUCCAGUAUGGUUUAUUUAAGGAAACAACCGAUCACUUGCUCUACCCUAAUCCUGGAUCGGGAAUGAUACAUGAACAGCAUCUCCAAUUUUUCCAUUUUCUUGGAACUCUUCUUGCAAAGGCUAUGUUUGAAGGCAUUCUUGUUGAUAUACCAUUUGCAACCUUUUUCUUGAGCAAAUUAAAGCAGAAGUAUAAUUAUUUGAAUGACUUGCCGUCAUUGGACCCAGAAUUGUAUCGCCAUCUUAUUUUCUUGAAGCAUUAUGAAGGUGACAUUUCAGAGUUGGAACUGUAUUUUGUUAUUGUCAAUAAUGAAUAUGGAGAGCAAACAGAAGAUGACCUACUUCCAGGAGGAAGAAACUUGCGUGUUACUAAUGAGAAUGUUAUUACAUUUAUUCAUCUUGUAGCCAAUCACCGUUUGAAUUAUCAGAUACGUCAACAAAGUUCUCAUUUCUUGAGGGGUUUUCAGCAACUUAUACAGAAAGAUUGGAUUGACAUGUUUAAUGAGCAUGAACUGCAGCUUCUGAUUUCAGGUUCACUUGAAAGCUUGGAUGUUGAUGAUCUACGAUUGCACACUAAUUAUGCGGGUGGCUAUCAUAAAGAGCAUUAUGUCAUAGAGAUGUUCUGGGAAGUCCUCAAAAGCUUUUCAUUGGAAAAUCAAAAGAAAUUCCUGAAGUUUGUGACUGGGUGCUCACGAGGACCCCUCCUUGGAUUCAAAUAUCUUGAGCCUUUAUUUUGCAUACAAAGGGCUGCUGGUAAUGCUUCUGAGGAGGCUCUCGACCGGUUACCAACAUCAGCUACUUGUAUGAAUCUUCUAAAGCUUCCACCAUAUAGAAGCAAAGAGCAACUGGAAACAAAGUUGCUAUAUGCUAUAAAUGCUGAUGCUGGUUUUGAUUUGAGCUGAUUGACCCACAUGACAACCAUGCCAAAUGUAUGUCAAGUGGAGGAAAACUGUCGGUAGACAGUCUGUGACUCUGAUCUGUGUCAUCGGUUUUAUGUUUCUGCAUUCUUGGAAGUGUCAAUGACCAUCAGAACUUCCUAGAAGACUACAAAGAUCAAAAGGCAGAGUGUAGGCUGAUUAAAUUGGCAUGUAAAUGAUAUUCUGGCCAGCCUGCUUAUUUAAGUUCAAAAUGUACAUAAGUGAUAUCUAUAAAAUAGAUCGGCAUUGUGUAGUGCAGGCAUGCAGGACUAGUUGGUCUAAUGAAUGUGAUCUUUUUGUAGACUCUAAUUUUUUUUUAAAGGUCUCUUAUAUGUUUGUGUAAAUGAGAAGGGAUGACCACGACUAUCAAAAGAAAAAAGCAAAAAGAAAAAAAAGAAUAAAAAAAUGAAGUGAUGACCACAUGUAAGUAGGUCUUUGUAGAAAAUUCAGUGCUUAGGCAGUUUUCUAAUUUUUCCACCUUUUUUUUUGUCCCUAUCUUACAUAUAUAUGAUGUGUUGUAAAUUAGAGGAACGAAGGAGUCUCAUAUCUCUAAUAUGCUCAGUUGCUCGCAUUGUAAACCGAUUUAAUAACUAUUAUUGUGGCAUAAUAAUGAUUUUUAUUUCGUCUUUU